AUAAGCCCUGGCAGCGUUGGGGUAAAGAGUUUAGUUUAACCAUUCUCGAGCACAAAGAGGAAAGCUCUCUAUCAAGUGGCCAAAGGGGAUUUCUUUCUCUCUUUCGCCCACACCUAUCUAUCAUCCAAUUACAUAUUUGCACGCAUAUCAACUGUAGCAUCAGGUUGAGUAGAGGGGAAAAAUCGAUGGAGAGCGAAUCGGAGUUGGUACCCUUCCCGUUGCUAUUGACGCCGAUCGAAUCCAAUUACAGAGCUUGCACCAUUCCUUACCGCUUCCCCUCAGACAAUCCUAAGAAACCAACUCCUACCGAGCUCCAAUGGAUUGACCUCUUUCUCAAUUCCAUUCCCUCCUUCAAGAAGCGUGCUGAAAUUGAUCCUACUGUUCCUGAUGCCCCUGUCAGAGCUGAAAAAUUUGCUCAGAGAUAUGGUGAUGUACUGGAGGACUUUAAGAAAGAUCCGGAAAGCCAUGGUGGCCCUCCUGAUUGCAUUCUUCUUUGCAGACUGCGGGAGAUAAUCCUUAGAGAGUUGGGAUUUAUAGACAUAUUCAAGAAAGUCAAGGAUGAAGAGAAUGCAAAGGCUAUAUCACUCUUUAAGGAUGUGGUUCAGCUUAAUGAUGCUAUUGAAGAUGAGCCCAAGCGUCUAGAAAAUCUUGUCAGAGGAAUUUUUGCUGGGAAUAUCUUCGACCUCGGUUCUGCAGAGCUUGCAGAGGUUUUCUCAAAGGAUGGAAUGUCCUUUUUAGCUAGUUGUCAAAAUCUGGUCCCUCGACCCUGGGUCAUUGAUGACUUGGACGCCUUUAAAGUGAAAUGGAGCAAGAAAUCAUGGAAAAAGGUUGUCAUCUUUGUUGAUAAUUCUGGUGCAGAUAUAAUUUUGGGUAUUUUGCCCUUUGCAAGAGAGCUACUGCGGCAUGGAACUCAGGUUGUGUUGGCUGCCAAUGACAUGCCUUCUAUCAAUGACGUCACUUACACUGAACUGAUAGAGAUUAUAGCAAAGUUGAAGGAUGAAAAUGGACAGCUUAUGGGUGUCAACACGUCAAAUCUUUUGAUAGCCAAUUCUGGAAAUGAUUUGCCGGUUAUUGAUCUUACAAGAGUAUCCCAAGUGCUAGCCUAUCUAGCAAGUGAUGCAGACCUAGUAGUAUUGGAAGGAAUGGGCCGUGGGAUAGAGACAAAUCUUUAUGCUCAGUUUAAAUGCGACUCUCUUAAGAUUGGGAUGGUGAAACAUCCAGAGGUUGCUCAGUUCCUCGGGGGACGGCUUUACGAUUGUGUUUUCAAGUACAAUGAAGUUGUGGGUUAAAAUUUUGAUUCUUGUCUGUACUACUAACCCAAUUUAUUCCGAGGCAACCGUUCAAUAUACAUUUAUUUUAGGCCUCAUCGCCUGGAACAUGUAGAUGAACCAUAGAAUUCAGUUUUUUAAAUCAAUAAAGAAGCACAAAACUGAUUACAUGCA